UCCAUUGCAUUCUUGUGAAGUGUGAACAUUCUCUCCCUUGCCCACUUUCUGUUUUUUCUUUUUAGUUAAUUAUUUUUCGUCUUUCUCCCUCCUUGUUUGCUGGCUCUUAUAUAUACACCCCACCAACUAUUCCUUGUUUCAAGAACUAGUAGUGGUGGCAUAUACUUGUUGUGUUGAUGGCUUCUAUGAGAUGGUGUUGCAUUUUCUGUCUGUUUCUUGCUGCUUUUGGAGCACAAGUUGGUAUUUGUUUUUCUUCUAAGGUUUAUGUGGUUUAUAUGGGAAGCAAAAGUGGGGAUGACCCAGAUGAUGUUUUGAGCCAAAAUCAUCUUAUGCUUGCUUCUGUUCAUGGAGGAAGUAUCGAGCAAGCACAGGCCUCUCACCUUUAUAGUUAUAGACAUGGCUUCAGAGGUUUUGCUGCUAAGUUGACUGAUGAGCAAGCUUCUCAGAUUGCUCAGAUGCCUGGAGUAGUCUCUGUGUUUCCCAAUUUGAAAAGGAAGUUGCACACCACUCGUUCAUGGGAUUUCAUGGGGUUACUGGGUGAAGAGACCAUGGAGAUACCAGGGCAUUCAACCAAGAACCAAGUCAAUGUUAUCAUUGGUUUUAUCGAUACUGGAAUUUGGCCUGAAUCUCCAAGUUUUAGUGAUGCUAAUAUGCCUCCGGUGCCAGCCAUAUGGAGGGGGGAGUGCGAACCGGGAGAAGCAUUCAAUGCUUCAUCUUGCAACAGGAAAGUGAUUGGAGCAAGAUACUAUAUGAGUGGCUAUGAAGCUGAAGAAGAUUCUGCCAGGAUAGUGUCAUUCCGAUCUCCAAGGGACAGCUCUGGUCAUGGCAGUCACACAGCCUCGACAGCUGCUGGUCGUUAUGUUACAAAUAUGAAUUAUAAGGGGUUGGCAGCUGGAGGGGCCAGAGGUGGUGCACCAAUGGCUAGAAUUGCAGUAUACAAGACUUGUUGGGACUCAGGUUGCUAUGAUGUUGACUUGCUGGCUGCCUUUGAUGAUGCAAUCAGAGAUGGGGUUCAUCUCUUGUCCGUGUCCUUGGGUCCUGAUGCUCCCCAGGGAGAUUAUUUUAAGGAUGCUAUCUCCAUUGGGUCAUUCCAUGCUGCUAGUCAUGGAGUAUUAGUAGUUGCUUCAGUUGGAAAUGCAGGGGACCGUGGUUCUGCAACCAACCUAGCCCCAUGGAUGAUUACGGUUGGUGCUAGUUCAAUGGAUAGGGAUUUUGCAUCUGAUAUUGUUUUAGGAAAUGACACAAAAUUCACGGGGGAAAGUCUGAGUCUCUUUGGAAUGAAUGCCUCUGCAAGGAUCAUCUCUGCCUCUGAAGCCAAUGCAGGAUAUUUCACACCUUAUCAAUCCAGUUAUUGUUUGGAGAGUUCUUUAAACAGUACCAUAGCCAGAGGCAAAGUUCUUGUCUGUCGAAUUGCUGAGGGUUCAAGUGAGUCUAAGCUCGCAAAGAGCAAGGUGGUGAAAGAAGCUGGAGGAGUUGGAAUGGUUCUUAUUGAUGAGGCAGAUAAAGAUGUUGCCAUCCCUUUUGUCAUUCCUUCAGCUAUUGUGGGAAAAGAGAUAGGAAGGGAGAUCCUAUCCUAUAUAAAUAACACACGCAAACCAAUGUCAAAAAUUUCCCGUGCAAACACAGUUUUGGGUUCUCAACCAGCACCCCGUAUUGCCUCAUUUUCUUCCAAAGGACCCAAUUCCCUGACCCCUGAAAUUUUGAAGCCUGAUGUUGCAGCUCCUGGACUGAACAUCCUUGCAGCCUGGUCUCCAGUAGCUGGGAGAAUGCAAUUUAACAUUCUUUCUGGUACUUCCAUGUCAUGCCCACACAUAACAGGAAUUGCUACCUUGGUCAAAGCAGUCCAUCCAUCUUGGUCUCCAUCUGCUAUCAAGUCUGCAAUCAUGACGACUGCUACCAUCCUGGAUAAGAACGACGAACCCAUCAGAGUGGACCCUGAAGGAAGAAGGGCCAAUUCAUUUGAUUAUGGAUCAGGAUUUGUCGACCCUACAAGAGUCCUUGAUCCUGGCCUUAUCUAUGAUGCCCAUCCAAUAGAUUAUAAAGCCUUUCUCUGUUCAAUUGGUUAUGAUGAGAAAUCACUACGUCUGGUCACAAGAGAUAACAGCACAUGUGAUCAGACAUUUACUACAGCUUCCAGCCUGAAUUAUCCUUCCAUCACUGUUCCAAAUCUUAAAGACAGCUUCUCAGUUACUCGAACUGUGACAAAUGUUGGGAAACCAAGAAGUGUUUAUAAAGCUGUAGUGUCUAAUCCUGUGGGAAUCAAUGUUACUGUUGUGCCAAAGCAACUAAUCUUCAACAGAUAUGGCCAGAAGAUCAAAUUCACGGUGAAUUUCAAGGUGGCUGCUCCAUCAAAGGGCUAUGCGUUUGGUUUUUUGACAUGGACGAGUGGAGAUGCACGGGUCACCAGCCCCCUAGUUGUCCAGGCUGCACCCUUCCCCAAGGGCUUGAUGAGAUAACCUGGCUUAGUUUGUACAUAUCAGCUUAGGAAUCUGGAGAUCCUGACAACCCUCCACAAAUACAGUUGCAGAAAUAUAUUUGAGUUCAUAAGUCUACAGGCCCUUACUAUAACAUACUUGGAUCAUGCAGCAAUUGAAUGAUUGAUAAGAUUGUUAAGCCGGGCACAUAAAAUGGAAUAUACAAGCACAAAGUCAAAUUUUGGCUCUUUUUAUAUAUUUAUUUACUGUUUUUAUUUGUCUCUCCAGUGUAUUUUCUUUGGCCUAUCAAUGUAACCUUCAACAUAGCAUUGAACCCUGAUCAGAUUGGCAUGUGAUAGUUAUCUUGUAAUUCCUGAUGACUGAUAACAGUUGAGAAUUUCUAGUUUGAACAGUGCUGGCUUGGCUUCCAGGGGAA